AUGCAGAAAAUUGACCGAUGGCUGGCCAUGGAUUUAGCGCCAAUUCUCAUCUACCCGAUCUUCACUGCAGUUUUCAUGACAGUGGAGCCUCAACAACAGAUGUGGUUAUCUCUUUUUCUACCUAUUUUAAAGCUGUUUUUACGGUAUUUAUUAUGGUUAGUCAUUAAAGAUGAACCGGAUCUGGUAGGCGCAGCAACGUGCAGUGUGGGGCAUUUGUACCAUAUCCUGUUUACGGUCAUGUGUCUUCAAAAUGCCAAGUCUUUGGAGACAUAUGCGGCGGUGGUAGUGGUAAAUAUUCUCCAAAUGUUACUGAAUUGUCGUGGAAUCCUUAAAGACGCGUACGAACUUCGCAGAGUGGCUGAACAAGUGGAGGAUCUCGACCAACUGGGUGUAAAAGGUAUCGUUUCUAUCGUGUCAUUAAUUGCCCUGCAAGAACAGAUAUCCAGGUCUCUUCAUCGUAAAACACCGUCGCGAUUGUUGUCUACGUAUCCAGAAUAUCAGCGAGACGACUACGUGACUAAAUACCACAAGUUUUUACUAUCCGAGACGUAUUCCAUCUCUCAAAAUUCACGACUUGCCAACAUCAACGGACGAGAUAAACGUCUGAGCAGUAAGCGACACAGUACGCCUGACGCCAAGACAUCAUCGAAUUACCCAAAGACUACCAAAGUGGAGCAGUGUACGGUAGUUUUACCAGAUACCGUAACUCGGACUGCUUCGGUUCCUUGUAAGAAAAAUGACGUCAAACGCACACACAGCCGUCACACAUACGAGUCACUGACAGGAAAAAUUCGUCAGUGUGAAGCAUUCGUUCGGCACUUCACUUCAGCAUUGCACCAGACUGAGAUAAUACUUCUUCGGUCUUACAUCACAAUCUUUGCAAUGCUAUUUUACGGGCUGUACCAGGCGCUUGUCUUCGCCUUGCCUAAUCGCAAAUACUACGCCACAAUGGCCACCACCACGACGUUCGAUGCAGUGGCCAACAUGGUCUUCCACAUGCUCGUACUCUGCAGUCUCGAACUUGUCUUCCUGGUCAUAUAUAUGGUUAUCAUCUCCAGCCAAUUAGGGUAUUCGGGUAUUCAUCAGCUCGCAUUCGUGCUUUGGUCGCAGCGGAUUCUCAUCCAAGGCAAGUUCAUCAUGUUACCGAUAAUGAUCCUGGGGUUCCCACUCGCUCACUUCGGCAACGGGAUAAUAUUCCAGCUGAAAGCUGAAGUCUAA